AACACGCGAGCAGAGCGGCGACUACAACUCCGACCGACAAGCCGUGUCACGUCGCCCAGAGGACGACCUUCGUCUCCAGACACCGGGACCAGUCCUAAAGGAUCCAGAUCCAAAGACUUCAAGUUCGGUCUCCUCUGGAUUCUAUUGACGGCUUCUCUCCGUGGAGGCCGGGCCAGCGUUUCAAGCUGGACGGAGGAGAGACGAGUGGGGCCGAGGGCCCCGCCUUCGUGCUGCGACACAGAACUUCAAACCUCAUUGAACACACGACCGAUGGCGCGCCUACAAAUCCCAUGAGCCCCCGGGAGAAAGCAGACACGCCCACCUCAGGUUCUCCAACAAGUCCACUAAACGCCACAGAGUGCAGCUCACACGAUGCGAGGGUCACGGAGCGCGACGAGGAGAGGAGAAGAAAUGAAGGGGACGACGGAGGAGAGGAGGAGAAGGAGGAGGAAGAGGAAGAGAAGAGCAGUGACGAAGGUUUCAUGGGAAUGACGCCGCUGCUGCAAGCUCACCAUGCCAUGGAGAGGAUGGAGGAGUUUGUACACAAGGUGUGGGAGGGCCGGUGGCGCGUCUUGCCUCACGACGUGCUCCCCGAUUGGCUGAAGGACAACGACUUCCUGCUUCACGGCCACAGGCCGCCGAUGCCUUCGUUCCGCGCCUGCUUCAAGAGCAUCUUCAGAAUCCACACGGAGACGGGGAACAUCUGGACUCAUCUGCUCGGCUGUUUGUUCUUCCUCUGCCUGGGUCUGAUGUACAUGUUCAGGCCCAACAUGUCCUUCGUGGCGCCGCUCCAGGAGAAGGUGGUGAUCGGUAUGUUUUUCCUGGGCGCCAUCCUCUGCCUCUCCUUCUCCUGGCUCUUCCACACGGUGUACUGCCACUCCGAGGGCGUCUCCAGAGUCUUCUCCAAGCUGGACUACAGUGGGAUCGCCUUCCUCAUCAUGGGCUCCUUCGUCCCCUGGUUGUACUACUCCUUCUACUGCUCCCCCCAGCCCUGCUUCAUCUACCUGAUCGUGGUGUGCAUCCUGGGGUUGUCCGCCAUCACCGUCUCCCAGUGUGACUUCUUUGCCACGCCGCAGUACAGAGGAGUCAGAGCAGGGGUGUUUGUGGGUCUGGGUCUGAGCGGCGUGGUACCCUCCCUGCACUUUGUGAUCAGCGAGGGUCUCAUCAAAGCCACCACCAUGGGGCAGAUGGGCUGGCUGCUGCUCAUGGCCACGCUCUACAUCACGGGGGCCUGUCUGUACGCCGCGCGCAUCCCCGAGAGGUUCUUCCCUGGCAAGUGUGACAUCUGGUUCCACUCCCACCAGCUGUUCCACAUCUUGGUGGUCGCGGGAGCUUUUGUUCAUUUUCACGGCGUCUCGAACCUGCAGGAGUUUCGCCACAAGGCCGGAGGAGGCUGCGCCGAGGACGGCACUCUCUAACGCGAACCGGCGUCACUCACACACACGUUACACUGGUUCUGAUCAUACACACACACACACACACACACACUAAAUCUAAGAUACUUACACACUAAAUCUCCCCCUAAACUGAAGACCUAGGUGGGUUGUCUUGUUUCUGCGAGUGGAGGAACACGCCCCCCGGGGGCCGCCAUUCAAACUGACUGACGAGGUUGUUUUUGUCGAUCUCCCGAGAGAGAAAACAGAACCAGUUUUUUAAGACUACAGGAAAUAUUUCUGUUUGUGUGUGAGGGGGGGGGCGAAGUAUUCAAAACCUCUCUUCAAUAAUACUACAUUUUCUUCUGUGUUGAGUUCUGACAUUGAAGAGUUUAAUAGUUUGAUUUGAAAAGUAAGCUUAAUUGUGGCUUUGAAUACAUUUUGAGGUGUUUUUUGCUGACGCUGUUUUUCUAAGUCGCACUUCAGUGUUAUGAAAAUAUAAUUGAGUGGGUUUCUUCCAUGAUGAGGUUGCUGGGCGAUAUGUCGGGAACAGGGGUGGGCAAGGGGUUAAUGGGCACUGUAAAAAAAUACACACGCAAAAAAGAAGAAACAAAUGUUUUCCAUGUAAAUAAGAUUUCUACAUUUUUGGGUUAUAGAUUUGUAUGGAAUAUGUAUGAGGAAAAAAUGAAUAAACAAACACGUUGGAUGAUGAAUCGACUAAAGACGAGGAAGAGGCGCAGCGGACACUAAAACGACACGGCGGCGGGAAACGUGCAGCACAACUUCUGGUUUCACAAACGACAAAAGUGGCUGGUGUUUUUUCGCCGAUGGGAAGUAACGACCGAAGUCACUUUUCUGACCUAAAAACCUUCAAAUAGAAACGACCGCAGUCACGGAGCUGGAGAGCAGAUCUGGAAUCGGGCCUCGUGAGCAAAACUUUUGUUCUUCAAACCAAAUCCAAAGUGAGUCCUCUCGACGUGUCGCCGUCUCCUCGUGUACGAUGUCUGAUACGUCUGAAGAGAAAACGGAUUUCCAUGUCACCAAUAUACGUCGAUUGUUUUCUAAGACACGCCCGGAGCGGAUUUGUUCAAACAAAUCGAGCGCAACGUGAAAAUAUUUUUUUAUUACAAGGCCCCAGAGUCAUAUUUAUGAUUUAUUUUUGGUGCAAAACUCCAGUAUAAUUACAGUAGAGUUCAUAGUUUCCUGCUUUGGAGAGCCGUCCGAAAACUUGUUUUUCUUUUUGAUUGGAUGCAUUUGAAUUCAUCAAGUGCUGUUUUUGGUAUUAUGAUUAUUGCUUUGUUUUCUCUUUUCUACUAUUUAUCGCUAGUUUCUGGUCAUUUAGGCGAGAGCGCAGAGGCCCCUGAACGCCACGCCGCCUCUCAGCUGAAUCCGGUAACUACUUCAGGGGCACGUGAACAGCCUCGUAUUUUGGAGACCUGGCGAUUAAAACUAGGGAAACUUUUUUCUGGCAAUACCAAAUUCUCGCUCCAGCACAAUGGAAACACACGAAACGCAACAAUUCUGAGCUCAUCAUAAACUACGUUUAUGAUGGUUUGAAAUUGAGGUUUGCAUAUUUCUAUUUGAUGGCAGCUUUUUCUAAACAGGAGUUUGAACACAAUUUCUCAGUGUUUUCUCUUCUGUUCUUCACUUUCCGUUUUUAUUUGAUCUCGUUUAUUAAUUUAUUUCUCUUGGUGAGCGAACAUUGUCUGUUGACGCACACGUUCCGUUAUGAUGGGAUGAGUGUUUGAUUGCAAUAGACCUUUAUAUCUGCUGUAUUGUUCUAAUAAAAAGUUUUUUUUAAUCUGUCA